CCCGAACGACCCUGCUCCGGGGUACCCACUUCACUCCGCGACCCCCCACAAGAGGCGGUAUUUAGAAGUAACAAGCCACUUUCAACUCUGUGACUUGCCCCCUAGGCAGCACUGCUUCAUGACAGUUAUAACGUGUUUAGAGUAGAAUUAAUGUCUGCAUUAGUCUCCUUGCAACAGUUCCCUACGCUUGGGUUGUCCCCGGAAUGCCAGUUGUUAUUCUCUAGCGCCGUUGUGAGAACGCGUUGUUAUCAGUUAGCUGUUAUCAUGCGAUACGCCAUCUGAUACAAAUGGCUCGGCCUGUUUAUGUUCCCUUUACGAAUCUCAUUCGCCGGACUGAUGAUCAAGUUUCGUUUGCCGGGGAUCAGCCUUGGCCUGGUCAUCAUGUGCCAAGUUUUCGGGUCGCUGACUAGUGGUACCAUUGAGAUGGCUAGGCAGACUGCCGUCAUGGCUUUUGUUCCAUGCCAUGAGGUAACUUUUGGCCUUGCCCUGCUUUCCAUUGUUACCGGUGUUGGUGCCGCCAUUAAAUCAUCCAAUAGUGAUGCCACCAGGACCAACUUGAUGCCGUCGAAGCUGGCAGCUUAUCCCCCAGAAGAUCUCAAGCGCGAGGCUUUACUUAUACAUGAUGACCUUACAAGACAGCUGAGUUUUGAAUGGGGAAGCUCUGACAGGGAUGGGAUCGUACUCGUCUAGGGCGAGACACUCAAAAUAAAGCUCAUCGAGUAGCUGGCGACGCUGGCUGGACCGGUUGUUUGGGUAGGGAGGAGUCAUGGAUGGCAAUGACCGCCAGAUUCGGCCCGGAGUUGUGGGCCCCGGAAUCAUCGAACGCGUAGAUGAGAAGUGUUGCAUAACAGGGGCAUGCCUUGC